AGAGAGAGAGAGCACACACUGAAAUGCAUCAUUCUGGACUCCUUCACAGACACGUAUUUGGAAAGCACGUCUAAGUACAUGCAUUUAAGAAUAGAGAAACUAAACGCUCCCUCCCUCUAAUUAGCGCUUCCAGCAAGACUGACAGUGAUUCUUAUCUUAUAUUUUUGUCCGUAUCUUCGUCUAUUUUCUCUUGAGCGUCUGUCCGUGAGUGAUGUCUAAAAAUACCCUCCAUGGCACUUCUCAUUUCCGCUCCUGAGUGUUGGGGAAAUACCGAACUCUUGACCCAAAUGAGCAAUCUUUGUGAGUGAAGUGAAAGAGUGGACACAGACGCAGCUUGCACCGCUCAUGCAGAUACUAAAUCAAGAAACAACCAAAAACGCACGCGGAAGUAGACGACCGACCAUCUAUCACCGCCACUACAUUAUUAAAGAUCCCACCGGUGCACAUCAACACAAAGCAGCCCUCCCGGUACGCUGCGUGCAUUGUUAUGGUGCAUCGCUAAGGAUCCAGAGCAAGGGAGCGAGCGUCUAGUACAUGCUACGCGACCUCUACUCAAGGUCGUUGUUUGCCUUCACCUAGUAAACUACUUGGCUUCGCGUGGCCACAAGACCGGUACCUGCUCUCUCUUUCUUUCUUUCUCUCUCUCUCUCUCUCUCUCGUACAUUCAUACGCAUACGUAUCGAAAACAACGCAACUGAGUGAGUGAAAAGAAUUGAAUAAGAGCACGAGGCAAGUUAACGCCAGCUGACCGUUUCCGUUCCUCGCCUGCCUUCCCCCUGACCAUCCCAUUCCAUACCGGUCCGUGUUGCGCUAGGAGACACAGAUGAGGCAGCGAGAAACACGAGGCAUCAUGUCUGGACGAACGAGCGGUAUUCUGGUGAUCGGCUUCCUGGUGGCCGUAGUAGCAGCGGCGGCAGCUCAGGCGGGAGUGAACGUGGUAACGGACUCCGACGCCUUGCCUCCUCUCCCAACCCUGAAGCGGAGCAAGCGGUUCCUUCACCCUCACGCGCAUCUCACCACGCCGGAGCUAAUACGGGCGCGUGGCUACCCGGCGGAAGUGCAUCAGGUGGUUACAGAAGACGGGUACAUUUUGGAGGUCCACCGAAUACCACACGGAAUUCACCAAGCUCCAUCCCACGCCCCACCACCCGGCUACAAGCACCACAACCACCACAACCCCAUACACAACCACCAUCCCCACGAUAAAACGUUUGCUCAUGCGGCCCACGUACACAACGCUAUCCCCGGCCACGUCCCUCCCCCACAUGGCCGAGGCUUCCUGAACGGCGGGCACAAGAGCAGGCACCUCAACUCGACCAAAUUGGCGGGUGGGGAUGUAGGACGGAACGGGCGGCGCGUGGUGUUCCUCUUCCAUGGCAUCGUCUGUUCCAGCGCGGAUUACGUCAUGAACGACCCCGACCAGGCGCUUGGCUUCAUCAUGGCCGACGCAGGCUACGAUGUGUGGCUGGGCAACAUCAGGGGGAACUUCUACGGGAAGCGCCACGUUAAGAUGUCUCCCGAAAAUCCCGAUUUUUGGGACUUUAGCUGGAGUGAAGUUGCCCGCUUUGAUAUCCCUGCCAUGCUGGCGUACGUGAAGAAGACGAGCGGCUCGGCACAAGUCAGCUACGUGGGUCAUUCCAUGGGGGCGUCCCUGCUCUUCGUCAGCCUUCACUACUUCCCCAUCAUGAACACCUGGCUCCAUGGUGUUGCUUCUAUGGCUCCUGCGGCAUACAUGCAUCACAAGGAAGGCCCUCUACGACACGUAGCACCUUUCAUCGAGGACAUAGACAGGCAGAUGAAGGAGGCGGGCAAGUACGAGCUGCUGCCGCUGAAACCAGACAGACCCCUCCUGGCCAAUCUGUGUUCGCCGCUCUCCUUCCUUAGCCCAGUGUGCACCUUCAUCCACUUCCUCAUCGGCGGACCCAACCACAACUACGUCGAUCCGAACUACCUGCCCGUCAUCUAUGCCCACACACCUGCAGGCACCAACUUCCGCAUCUUCACUCACCUAAUGCAACUCGUUCGCUCAAAAAGGUUCCAAGCUUUCGAUUUCGGUGAGAGGGAGAACAUGGUCCGCUACGGCAGCCCCAUCCCUCCCAGGUACUCCCUGGCCAGCGUGAGGGUCCCCGUGGGCCUUUUCUGGUCUGACAAUGACUGGGUGGUGGAUCCCAAGGACGUGGCGAUGACUGCCUCUGAGCUUCCCUGGGUCGCCCAUAACUACCGGGUCCCGCUGUCAGACUUCAACCACCUGGACUUCAUGUGGGCGGAGAACGCGGCUGAACUCGUGUACAAACCUGUCCUGGCGUUUUUGAGAGAAUGCGAGCAGCGAGGACAAGGACCGCUCUACUGAUCAUGCUCGAUGAAGAACCAAAUCAAAGGAAGCUGUGUGUUUCGUGUGAUUUCUCGUCCCGCUACUUGUCUGUGAUGUUAUAUUCAUUAAGGUUACACUUAAGACGCUCCGCCAUAAGCAGCAGUGAUGUGACAAGAACUAAUGCGCUUGUAGUUAAGUUUUGAAGUGUCACGAAUUCUCUUGCAGAAAAACAUAAAUACUAGAAAAUUGUUAUUUAAAAAGGCUUUAUUUAAAUCUACAUGAGUUUUUAGGGUGUUUUUAAGGUUCUAGAGGCAGAUUGAAAGGAUUUCUACAUUAUUCACUGAAAAAACAGUCUUGAAAACCACGCUAAUCAUCCCUAUGGCCUUGGAAAAUAGUCGUGAUAAGAAAGCAAAGCAUUUCUGCAUACGGACCACAGUCCCACACGCAGAAAGAUAUUGUGUGGGCCGGUGGACAGAAGUGAUAAGGAAAAGGACCACGUGGAAGCUCGGAGGUGUGAGAGAAGCCUCAGUCUCGCCUGUAAUGUGGUGGUGCAAGUGAAGCAAUUCGACAAGAAAAUGAGGAAAGCUGCAAGAGGCUGUAAGGCCCACACGUGGCACUCCCUGUUUGAGUAAAGCUACCUACUUCCAUCUGUCAUCCCAAUCGCAAUUGUGUGAGUUUGAGAAAGCAUUAUAAUAACUGUGGGAUAUUGGGCAUUUGCGAAAUCUUAUCAAUAUUAUCAUUAUUAUUAUUAUUAUUAUCAUUAUUAUUAUUAUUAUUACUAUUACUAUUAUUGUUGUUGCAGCAGUUGUUACUACCAUUGCUAUUUUGAUGUGAGUGAGUGAGUGAGUGAGUGAGUGAUUUUUCAAGGUCGAGGAGAAUGCCGUCUUCCAGUUCCUCCAUCCUCUCUCUCUCUCUCUCUCUCUCUCUCUCUCUCUCUCUCUCUCUCUCUCUCUCCCCUAUAUUCUCCCAGUCUUUUCCGGCAUCACCCCUCACGGCUGCCUCAUCUCCUCCCUUCCGUCUAUGGCAAGGAUCACGGCCGGUGUUACACAGGGAAAGUUUCUUGCCUCAGUGCUCGUUCCAUCAAAAUUAUUUAUUGGAAAUAUUCUCGCUGAAGGAAAGGCAAAGUGCUCUUUCCUGUCGAAAUAUCAACUCUCGAAAUAAUAGAACAUAAAACGAAUAUAUACAAAUUCAAUAAUAUAAUCGACGCCACGAGAUACUUUUGCAGCACUUGUAAAGCUGCUGUGCGUAUAUGUCUAAAUAACGAGACAACUUGAUGAAGGAGAGUGAAAUAAGGAAGGAUUGUGACAACUUGAUGAAGGAGAGUGAGAUAAGGAAGGAUUGUGAUGAUGACAAGUUCAGAAUUUGUAGUGGCACUUUCCGCUGCUCUGCUACGUUUGAGAACUCACCCUUGUGGUGCUCGCGUGGUGCUCAGUGAAAACUCCCACGGAAAGCCCUUUCUCUACCAGUAACUUUCUCUAUCAUGAAACAGGCUUAGGAAGACCUUCAAUUGGUCACGACGCGAAUCUUAAGUGAUUGCUUCCUUGUAUUUACCGGAAGUCAAGACGUGAUUGAUGCCGCCAGCCAUGCUCUGGUUGGUUUUUGUCUCCUUUUUGAUGCACCAUGACUUCACCUUCCUUGAUCUUCCAGUUAGGAUGCCCUGGACUACCACGGCAGUCCUGCAUUCGAGUCGGCCGUAUGGCACUCAAACUCUUGUUGUUGCACCACAGUGACUAACCAGCGUUGGCAGGAAACUCUUUUUCCUUUUUCUUACCAUAGUGACCCUUUACGGGGUCCACCUCACUCAGGGUUACUAAAAUAGAUGGUUUAACUCAGCUCAAAAAACUUUUAAGUGUAUAUCGUGCGCCAGACAUGAUGGAACACCAUGGCCCGGGAGCAGCAUGAGAUGGAAGGCUGUGUCAGGGACAGCCAGUCCAUCUUCACCUUUGGCUUUGAGGGAUUCGCCUGCCCCUGUCUUGCUGUGGCCGCGACUCACAGUGCCAACACACUUUACUCAUUACAAGUAAUCCAUCACUGCAGCAGAAACUGUCUUUAGUGAUGAGAAUUAAUAUAUAUUACUAUAGAUCAUAUCUUAUUGUCAUCCAUAUUAUCUCCAUACUUUCUAUGUUCACUUUAAUUAUAAAACAUGCAUUUGCUCUCUACUAUGUGAUACAUACAAAAUACUGAAGAACA